CGCGAAUGUACACCUUUAACCAUAUCCUACCUUCUGCCAUGUGAGCCCUUUGUGUCAGUAGCUUGGCUAUCCCGCUCGCCGUCUCGUUUGGGCCCCCAACACCCCCCACCCCACCGUCUGACCGUCCUAUAGACUAUAGUCCUAUGAUCCUAUCCAUCAUCCUCUCCCAUUUCGUCGCAAUCCUCAAAAAGGGAAGACAUGGCGGCGAGCGCACUGCUGACGGGGUCGCCGUGGCUGCGCAUGCGCCUCCUACCGGACGCGCCCGCGCGCCCCUUCCGCCACCUCCACCUCCGCCGGAGCUUCUCCGUCCGCGCCUCCGGCGCCGACGGCAGCCCCGCCCCCGUCCGCGUCCGCUUCGCGCCGUCGCCCACCGGCAACCUCCACGUCGGCGGCGCCCGCACCGCGCUCUUCAACUACCUCUUCGCGCGCUCCAAGGGGGGCCGCUUCGUGCUCCGCGUCGAGGACACCGACCUCGAGCGCUCCACCAGGAAGUCCGAGGAGGCCGUCCUCGCCGACCUCGCCUGGCUCGGUCUAGACUGGGACGAAGGUCCCGAUGUCGGUGGGGAUUUUGGGCCUUAUCGCCAGUCAGAGCGGAACUCACUGUACAAACAGUAUGCUGAGAAGCUUUUGGACUCUGGUGCGGUUUACCGCUGCUUUUGCUCCAGCGAGGAACUCGAGCAAAUGAAGGAAGUCGCAAAGCAGAGACAACUUCCUCCUGUGUAUAUGGGGAAGUGGGCAAGUGCUUCAGAUGCAGAAGUACAACAGGAGUUAGAGAAAGGGACACCUUACACUUACCGCUUCCGUGUGCCAAAGGAAGGGUCUUUGAAAAUUAGUGACUUAAUUCGUGGUGAGGUCAGUUGGAACUUAGACACGCUUGGUGAUUUCGUGAUUAUGAGAAGCAAUGGACAGCCUGUGUAUAACUUUUGUGUGACAGUUGACGACGCUACCAUGCAAAUAUCUCAUGUUAUCAGAGCUGAAGAGCAUCUACCAAACACAUUGCGACAGGCUUUAAUUUACAAAGCUCUUGGAUUCGCAAUGCCUUCAUUUGCUCAUGUUUCGCUUAUUCUGGCUCCUGACAGGAGUAAACUGUCUAAACGGCAUGGAGCUACUUCUGUCGGGCAGUAUAAAAAUAUGGGCUAUCUACCUCAGGCAAUGGUCAAUUAUUUAGCACUACUGGGCUGGGGUGAUGGCACUGAGAAUGAGUUCUUCACUAUUGAUGACCUAGUCCAGAAAUUCACUAUAAACCGUGUCAAUAAAAGUGGAGCAGUCUUUGAUGCAACAAAAUUGAAAUGGAUGAACGGACAACAUCUAAGAUCAUUUCCCCAUGAUGAACUCAUCAAAGCUUUUGAAGAUCGGUGGACGGACACAGGCAUUCUCCAGGAAUCUGAAAGUGGUUUUGCUAAGGAAGCUGCCGAGCUUUUGAAGGAUGGUAUCGAUUUGAUAACAGAUGCGGACGCAGCUCUUACGAAUCUGUUGUCAUAUCCCCUUCAUACUACUCUAAGCAGCGAGGAAGCUAAACCUGUGGUGCAAGACAAGAUCUCCGAGGUUGCUUGGAGUCUUAUUUCCGCGUACGACAGCGGCGAACUCGGCCAAGCGCUAGCUGAGGGCCGUGAUGGCUGGCAGAAGUGGGUUAAAGGUUUCGGCAAGUCUAUCAAAAGAAAGGGCAAGGGGCUCUUCAUGCCGCUCCGGGUACUGCUGACCGGGAAGCUUCAUGGGCCUGACAUGGGUGGCAGCAUCGCCCUAAUACACAAGGCCGGCGUCUGCUGCGCUGUGACUCCGCAGUCCAACUUCGUGACUCUAGACGAGCGGUUCAGGAUGCUCAAGGACGUCGACUGGGAGUCGCUGGCGAAGGAGCAGGAAACCCCUGCUGUCCCUGCCGCCGCUUCCUAGACUGCCAGGAGGAGGACGACGUUGCGCGCAAUGUCGCUCUUGAGUUUUUUUUUAAAAAAAAAAUCCAUUUUGGCGUGUUUUUGUCACCGUUCGUUUCCAUGGAGUAGGAGAGGAGCUCAGUGGUUUGGUCAUAGGUCGUUGGUGCUGUAAUGUGGGCAAUAAUAUUGAAUUAUUAUUAUUAGAUGAUGAUGAUGAUGCCUGUAAUCUGCGUGUCUACAGCUUCUCGUUUGCUG